GGGCUGACAUGAACAGGAAUGGACAGUUUAAUUAAUAACCACCAUCCAUUUCUCCCUGACCUCAGCUGGUCACACAUGCUCUCACUGGCGCCCGGACAGAAGUAGCUUCAUUUUCAUAUAAAAUUAGUGACUGAGCUGUAACUCCUGAAAAUCAGAAAGAAGAAGAAGAAGAAGAAGAAGAAGAAGAAGAAGAAGAAGAAGAAGAAGAAGAAGAGGAAGGAAAGUGUUCAACAUCAGAGUACUAGAAGAAGAUCGUUGUCAGAGGAGGCCCGCCAGGAGGCUAACCAACAAAACCUUGCAGAGACGUUGCGUCCUUGUCCAACCCGUGACCUCCUGAAGACAGAAAACCCUCCUGAAUGAAUGAGUGGGUGGGCCCCGAUAUCACUGUGGUGGGACCACUGCAGAUCCCACCCAGCGAUGACUUCUCCAUGUCGGAAGGAGCCCACUUCUUUGACAUUCUGGGAGACCAAGGCAGUCCUCUUCUUCAAGACUCCGACAUCCUACCCUUCAACAACUAUCCCAGCAUGCAGUACCCGUCCAUGGAGCCCGCCAUGUCCUCCACUCCAUUUUACUCCACUCAGAACUAUUACCCUCAGUACAGCGGGGAUGAGUGGUACUCACACACGGGCAUUUAUGAACUGAGGAAAGCACCUCUGGAGGGUAGUUACGAAGGUGACAUGAAGGAGAUGUCCUGCAAUGUGCCGACCGUGUGCAAGAAGAGCCGACACAUGAUGCAGGCUGGACGGGUCAAAGGGGAGGAGCUCUGCGUUGUGUGUGGCGAUAAAGCAUCUGGGUACCACUACAAUGCCCUCACCUGUGAGGGAUGUAAAGGUUUUUUCAGGCGCAGCAUCACAAAGAACGCCGUGUACAAAUGCAAGAGUGGAGGAAACUGUGAGAUGGACAUGUACAUGCGUAGGAAAUGCCAGGAGUGCCGGCUGAGAAAGUGCAAGGAGAUGGGCAUGCUGGCAGAGUGCCUUCUAACAGAGAUUCAGUGUAAAUCCAAAAGGUUACGCAAGAACACCAAAACCUCUCCAGGAAGGUCAACAGGAGAUGAGACGGAGGGCGCAGACAGUGGAGACAGCAAGCAGGUCACUUCAACCACCAAAGUGCCAAAGGAAAAGGUUGAAAUCACUAAAGAUCAACAGUCGCUCAUCAGACUCAUCGUAGAUGCCUACAAUAGACACCAAAUUCCUCAAGAUGUUACCAAAAAGCUGCUACAAGAACAGUACAGCACAGAGGAAAACUUCCUCCUCCUGACUGAAAUCGCAACAAGUCAAGUUCAAGUGUUGGUGGAGUUUACAAAAAACAUCCCAGGCUUUCUGUCUCUGGAUCAUGAAGAUCAGAUCGCUCUACUAAAGGGCUCAGCCGUGGAAGCCAUGUUUCUGCGCUCAGCUCAGGUUUUCAGCAGAAAGAUGCCGAGUGGACACACAGACGUUUUGGAGGAGAGGAUACGCAAGAGUGGUAUUUCAGAAGAAUUUAUUACCCCCCUGUUUAACUUUUACAAGAGUGUGGGUGAGCUCCACAUGGUGCUGGAAGAACAAGCUUUGCUCACCGCCGUAACCAUCCUGACACCUGACCGGCCAUAUGUGAAAAACCAGCAGGCUGUCGAGAGACUGCAGGAGCCCAUGGUGGACGUUCUGAGAAAGCUGUGUGCCCUGAAGCGUCCACAGGAGCCACAAUACUUUGCUCGCCUCCUGGGGCGCCUUACAGAGCUGAGGACACUCAACCAUUACCACGCAGAGAUGCUCACAUCCUGGAGAGUGAACGACCACAAGUUCACGCCGCUUCUCUGUGAGAUCUGGGAUGUGCAGUGACAUCUUGGAGCAUUGACGACAGUUUAAACCAUGAGAUGGACUUCGUGGUUUACAAAUGCAUGCUGGUAUUGAAGACGGGGAAAUCGGAUGUUAAAUUUCUGCGCAAUGCAAUUGCCUAUUUCAUUUUUUUUCUUUUAUCUGUUUAUCUUGCUAGUAAAAGAAGUCAAACAAACACUGGAACUUUACAAACCCCCAAAAA